AUGAGCAGAGCUUCUUCCUUGAAGUCAUGCCUGUCAUUCAUACACAUUCCCAAAAACAUGGGCGGCUCCAUUGAGAGCUCGUUGAUAAAAGCAUACAAGUUCAAGGCAUCAGCAGAGAGUCCGAGCUGUGCCUUUCGCGCCCGCAGCAGCAACAUCAAAGAGCGGCUGUGGGGUGUUUGCGAUGACAAGAUCCGAUGUUCCAGAUCUACGCAUUGGCCAUGGCAAGAGGGGCAGCAUGCCUGGCCUGGUUGCACGGUCGCACCCAAUGCGCCUCGCAGCAUACCGGAGAGUAUCCGCCAACUCGCUGGCAAGACCAGCUGCAGCCCAUGGCAUUUUCCACCAGCGUUCGACCCCACAGUGGCUGCUUCUUACACAAAGGAUUGUGAUUCUUUCUGCGUGGUUCGAGAUCCUAUGCAUCGUUAUCUCAGCCAACUGCGAACGAUGCACCCCAUGAAAGACGUGUGCGAUCCGCAGAAGCUCGAGCAGCUCACUCAGAAAGCGCUCAACGCAGUGGACCUCAAGAUAGACUGCCAUCUCAUCCCCCAGGUCUAUUACGUUUACCAAGAUGGUGAGCCAACUGCCCCAAGGAUAUGUCACCACAUUUUGAAAUACGAAAGCAUGAGCUCAGAGUUCCCUGCUCUUAUGGGGAAGUAUGGUCUUGGCAAGGUGAACCUGACGCAGCAGAACGCGCAUCGCGGCCACCAUUGCAACGUGACGCCAACAAGUGCAACAGUCCGCAUGGUGGCCUCGUUCUACUCCAAAGACUACAAGGCUUUUGGCUUUGCUGCUCGGCAGGCGAUGGUGGCGCUACAGUAUGAGUCAGUAUGA